AUGAAGACCACCCGGAAGAGCACCCCGAAGGUCCGCACGGGCUGCAUCACCUGCAAAGCCCGCCGGGUGAAAUGCGACGAAGCCAAACCGAACUGUCUCCGAUGCACCCGAGCGAAGCGCACCUGCGGGGGUUACCCUGUCCCGGUCCCCCCGACCGACACCACCGCCACCGUCGAGAAGAUUACCGCAUACAACAUCCCAUUCAAGGUCCCGGGCAGCCAGGUGGAUCGCCAAUUGCUCCACUUCUACUGUAUCCAGGCAGCAUCGGGUCUCUCCAGCUACUCUGAUCCCACCCUCUGGAACCGACUGAUCCUGCAGAGGUGUCAUCAUCAGCCGGUGAUUCGCUACGCCCUCGUCACCCUCAGCGCGCUGUACCAGGAUCACCUGACCACCAACCCGCCCGGGGCCGGGGGCGACCGGCCAGCCCCAUCGCUGCAGAGUCUGCGACUUAUCGCGAGAUCCCAUCGGCAGCUGAGGAUUCAUCUCUCCUCGCCCGACGCAUCCACCGAAGUGGCCUUGAUAUGCAGCAUCAUCUUCUACGCCUUUGAGGCUCUGUUGGGAAAUGCGGGACAGGCCAUCCAGCAUCUCGACCAGGGGUUGAUCCUGCUGCAAAGGUGUCAGGCUACGGCUCCUGUCCACUCCGCGACGGAUGACAUCCUGCCGCAUCUAACGGCGCUGUUCUCCAGCCUGGAUGUCCAGGCGAGCACGUACAACGAUGGCCGUCUUCCUGUGUUGAAGUUGCUCUCUCCCGCCGAAACGUCCGGUCUCGUCCCGGUUGUUCCAGACCACUUCGGCACACUGGUGGGUGCAGAAACGACCCUCAUCAAGCUGCAAAACUGGAUGCUGCGUCAUCUCGUGUCGUCACUUCAAUAUAAGCACGAAGCGAUGGAAAACAUCCCGGUGGAUAUUCUCCACGAGCGGCAUACCUUGCACGACCAAUUCACAAAGUAUAUCGAGGCCAUCAGCACCUCUAUAACCUGCGCCACCCAUUCGAGGAUCUCUGCUCGGCUGCUACUGCUUCGACUCCAGGCGCGAAUGUUUCGCACUAUACUGGCGGAGAAUAUUCCUCAUCUGAGCAUGGAGGAGAGUAAUCCCCUCCAGCAGUCGCUGAGGGAUCUGUCGACUCUUCUUACGUCGUCCCCUUCGCUCCAACCUGUCGUGGACGGGGCGAUCCCCGACAAGAGGUCAUUUACACUCAGCACUCACCUCAUCGCGGCCCUCUAUUUCAUCUGCAUGAAAAGCACCAAUCCCAGCACGGUGGACCUUGCUCUAUCCUUACUCCGCCAUGAACGGCUGCCGAGUCGGGAUGGGCUCUGGGACGCGGGGACGGUGGAAGCUGUAGUCCAGGGAAUCAGACAGGCCAGCACCACGAACGAGAGAACUGCCAGGGAGAAUCGAUUGGAGGAUGCUGGGGUAGGCUUCCUACAGGCAGCCGGGGAGGGAGGCGUGUAUGAGAUCCUGGAUGUGUUGCGACGAGAUGAGGGCGGAUGUAUCUCAUCCGUCCAUGAGUCACGAAUGGGAGAGAGCAGUUCUACAAUCCAACCACCAAGAAAAGCCACGAUAUCUCCAAGUCCUGCUACGGGGACUUUCAGAGGGGAAGGCACGUCCCUCGAGACGCUCUGUACCCCCACGCAUGCCGCAUCUGCCCUCCCUCUCGAGGUUGCCCAAGGGCUGGCGCUGGACUCCCAGUCCGUGACCGCGAACCUCGUGUAUAACCACUCGGUCUCCGGGCAGAUCAGUCAUGUACCCGGGCUCUCGUACAAUGAGAGUACCGCGGCCUUGGGAGACUGGUAUCGCCUGUUCCUGGUGCCCGGAGCCGCCCACUGCGAGCUGAACCCCUACGAGGCCAACGGACCCUACCCCCAAACGAACAUUGGGGUCAUGAUCGACUGGGUCGAGAACGGCAUCUUGCCCACGACCCUGAACGCGACGCAUCUGGCGGGGCCCCAGCUGGGUGCUAGUGCGCAGUUGUGUGCCUUCCCGCUGCGUCCGCUGCGGACGAACAACGGCACGAUCAUGGAGUGUGUCUACGAUCAGGCCUCGCUGGACACCUGGCAAUACGACUUUGACGCGUGGUCGCUGCCUCUGUACUGA